AUGUCGACCAGCUCGCGGCCGCUCCGGCCCCUCCGGCAGUUAGCGGAGGGGUCUCUCCGCCGCGUCUCCGCCCCUCCCCCGCGGCCACCGCCGUCGCGCUUACUCCACUCCUCGCGCGCCAGUGCCGUCGCGGCCUCGACCAAGGCGUCCGAGAUCGUGCAGCUGCCGCACUCGCACGGUGCCUUUGCCGAGCUCGCAAACACGCUCUCGAGCACACAGCCCUGCUUCGCGACGCACGGCGACGAGGUCGCGCUCCUCCCGUCUCCGACUGCGUUUCACUCCGAGCUCCUCUCCAUGGUCGCGAAUGCGAAGCGGCGGAUCCUGAUCUCGACACUGUACAUCGGCACGGAGGAGGCGUCGCUCGUGGACGCGGUCGCGACUGCGCUGCGCGCCAACAGCCAGCUCAAGUGCACCUUCAUGCUGGACUACAACCGCUCGACGCGGCUGGGCAAGGACGAGCCAAAGAGCACGGUACACAUGCUCCUCCCGCUGAUUCGGGAGUUCGGGGACCGCGCCGAGGUCUGGCUCUACCGCAGCCCGAAGCUGCGUGGCCCGCUGGAGAGAAUAGUGCCGCCGCGAUACAACGAGGGCUUCGGAACAUGGCACGCAAAGUACUACUGCGCCGACAGCGACGUGCUCAUCUCGGGAGCCAACCUCGCCAAGUCCUACUUCACAAACAGGCAGGAUCGGUACGUGCGUCUCUCGGGCGCGCCGAUCGUGUCGUACCUCGGCUCCCUGACGAGACUGUUGACCGACUACGCGUACCGCGUCACGCUGUCGCGCGCGGCGGAGGAUCCGCAACUCGUCGUCAAGCUGCCCGAGGAUAGCGAGGACGUGCGCCUCGUGUGGCGACAGAGGAGCCUGCCUCCGAGGGGAUGGGGGGCGCACGCGCACGCGACGCUGACCGCAUUCCAGCAGGCGUGGAAGGCGAGCAAUGCCGUGCGUACCGCCUCUGGGGCCGAGAACGGCGCCGACACAUUCUUCUGGCCCGUCCUGCAGGCCGGCUACCUGGGGUUGAGGGAGGAGGAGCGCGCCAUGGCCGCGGCAUGGGGUGCGAUCAACGCGGCGCGCGACGUCGAUGUCGACCUGACGUCUGGCUAUUUCGGCCUCUAUGCCGCGUACAAGCGUGCCGUGCUCGAGUCGAAUGCGCCCGUGAGCGUCAUCGCCGCUGCGCCAGAGUCAAACGGAUUCUACAAGUCCAAAGGACCCAGCGGCCUGAUUCCGGAGGGAUACACGCUGCUCGAGAGGCGGUUCUGGGCCGAGGCGGAACGGAAGGGACGAGCGAGCCGGGAACAGGAAGGAGGGCGACACGAGGGCAUCGUGCUCAAGGAGUGGAAGAAACAGGGCUGGACGUACCAUGCCAAGGGCCUUUGGGUGUCGCCCGAACACGACGCGCCGUUCCUCUCCUUCAUUGGCAGCUCGAAUUUGUCCACGCGCUCGCUCAACCUCGACACGGAGCUGAGCUUGUUCCUUGGCACACGGAACGAGAGCCUGCGCAGGGCGCUCGGAAAUGAGGUAGCACACCUGAACGCCAACUCGCACGUCGUUGAUGCGAAGACCUUUGCCCUGCCAGAGCGGAGGGUCAGCUUGGCGGCCAAGGUGCUCGUGGCGCUUGGAGUUGAGGGGAUGCUGUAA